AUGGAUCCUAAACUCAGUAUACAAGAUGUCCUUCGUUGUGACCUGUGUGAAACUGAAGUAGGACAACUGUACUGUGAUUUCUGCCUUGUCAAUCUUUGCAAAGGCUGUGUUGGUGAUCACAUAUUGGAUGAUCCUUUCAAACAUAAGGUGGUACAAAUCGACAAGCGCAGAUCAACUCCAAUCUUCCCAAAAUGUAACAUACAUGAAAAGAAACUUUGUGAGUUUCAGUGUGGUGAGUGCAAUGUCCAUGUUUGUUCACUUUGUAUUUCAUCUGAAAAGCACAAAAGACACGUCUUCUCAAAUCUCUUUGAAAUGUUUUCCGCCCAAAAGCAGAAAAUACAAAGCGAUGUUGAUGAAAUCGAAAAUAUAAUUUCCCCGGCAUAUGAAACAGACAUCAGCAAUCUGGAAACUCAGAUCAACAGCUUAGAUGGAGAAUACAUGAAAUUGACAACACAAAUUUUAAAACAUGGAGAAGACUGGCACAGAGAAGUCGACAUAUUAAUCAAAAAAUUCUUACUGGAAGCUCAUAAGCUGAAAGAAAAGCACUUUGAAACACUUAAAAAACACUUGGCAGAAAUAAAACAUGCUCAUUCCAUCGUUCAGCACAUAAAGCUCGAAUCUUCAGAUAUUCUUGGUUCUAAUGAUGUUCUUGUAACUUUGGAUUACAAAUCAAAAAAUCAAUUAUUGAGGAAGUUCCCGCCAAAGAUUCAUGUGCCCAUGCCAAUAUUUCAUCAAGUACAAAUAGAUAGUACUCAAUUAAGCAAACUGUUUGGGUCUCUUUUCCCAUUCUCUGUUACAAUAGAAGAAGACAUAAAAACUGGCACUGCAUCAUCUCUGGAAGAUGGACAGCACUAUAAACCCAGAAUCAUCACGUCUGUAGACACUGGUAUCUCUGAACUAUACAGUGUUACCUGUAGCAGUGAUGGGGAAAUAUGGGCAAGUGGUCAGGACAGUGAAAUAAAGUGCUUCGAUGAACAGGGAUCCCUUGUUAAUACAAUUACGACAUUGUCCGAAGAAUUUCCCAACGACAUUGCUUUAACUAGUAGAGGAGAUCUAGUAUAUAGCGAUGGAGAUACGCAGACUAUUUAUAUAGUGAAAAAUGGAAAGGAAAAAAGAGUAAUUACAUUGGUAGAAUGGAAUCCUGUGAAUAUUUAUGUUACAUCACGUAACGAACUCUUAGUUGCCAUGUUCAAUGCUGAUCAAACACAAUCCAAAGUUGUCCGAUAUUCUGGCUCAAAAGAAAACCAAACAAUCAUGUUUGAUAAUGAAGGAAGACUUUUAUAUUCAGGAAAUGAUAAAAUUAAAUACAUUACUGAAAACAGAAACUUAGAUAUCUGUGUUGCUGAUAAUGAAGUUUCUGCGAUUGUGGUGGUCAACCAAACUGGAGAGUUUCGAUUUAGAUACACUGGUUACCAAUCUACUACCAUGAAAAAUUCUUCCGAUUUCUGGGGCAUAGCCACAGACACUCAAUCUCAAAUUCUAACAACGGACUGUUCUAACCACUGCGUACAUAUCUUAGACCAAGAUGGACAGUUCUUACGCUACAUAGAUGGAUGUGGUCUGGAUAGGCCAUGUGGUUUAUUUGUCGACAAGAAUGACAACUUGCUUGUGGCUGAGAUGUAUGGUAAAGUGAAGAAAAUCAAGUAUAAACAUUAG